GCGAAAGCGGUGGCGUUGCAUCGACGAAGCUCUAGGUCUCUGCAGAUCCCUUUCUCGCUCUCAAGUGUAAUCGCGUUCUAGGGAUUCGAUCCAACAACCGCGAUCGAUGCAUCCACAAAUGAUCUGGAAAAGAGGCUCCUGAUGUGGUAAAUUAUGGAUGACCCCGAGCUAGAAGCCAUUCGGCAAAGGAGAAUGCAAGAGAUGAUGGCUCAACAUGGCGUUGGCAAUCAACAAAAUACAGGACAGCAAAAAGCACAAGAAGAUGCCAAAAGAGAAGCAGAAGAACGCCGACAAAUGAUGCUUAGUCAGAUAUUAUCUGCUGAAGCAAGAGAAAGAUUAGCUCGGAUUGCUUUGGUCAAGCCUGAUAAGGCAAGAGGGGUGGAGGAUGUUCUACUCAGAGCUGCCCAAACGGGACAAAUAUCUGAAAAAGUGUCUGAGGAGAGGCUUAUCUCACUUCUUGAGCAAAUCAAUACACAAACAAGUAAACAAACUAAAGUUACAAUCCAGAGGCGUCGCAGUGUUCUCGAGGAUGAUGACUAGCAAGUCGGCUUUUGGAGAUAUAAUGGAGAUUGGUGACGAAAAUAUGAACGUAAAUGAUGGGAACCACGGUUCAUUUUCAGCUGCCAUUUUAUCUAUAAUAUCGGUGUUAUAUGUUUUCUGUGAAUCAUCAGAUUCAAGAGCACCUGGAGUGUUCUUCUUCGAGCUGCUCUUGGAGGUGUGGUUACAAAAGUCUCGUUGAGUGGUUUAUUAGUUUUUGAGCAUGUGGAUAUAAAUGCUUUGAUUGUCGGUGCCUUCCUAGAGGAUUGUAUUGUUUGAAACUGAAAUUGAACUUGAUGAGACUAACCCUUUGGAUCUUCGUUUGCGCUUUA